AUGUCUUUCCCAUUUCCAGGUGGUAAGACGACCGGCUCCAGGGAUGCAGAGCACGAAGACAAGCCACAGCAAGUUGCGCCGGGAGUUGUCCUGGACAAGGAUGGGAAACCAUGUCGAACCUGUACUUCCUCGGCCGCAUGGAUGGCCAUGAUGAAGCAGGGCGGCAAAAAGACAAAAACUGUCGCCCCAGUCCCUCCUCCACGAACCGAAUGCCCCCCCGACGUCGAAGAACUUGGUCGCGCUACGUGGACGCUGCUACAUAGCAUUGCGGCAACAUAUCCCGAAGCUGCCCCUCCCGAAACUCAAUCAGUCAUGAAGCAGUUCAUUUCGACCUUCUCAAUGCUCUACCCCUGCUGGGUCUGCGCGGACGACUUUCGAGAUUGGAUGAAAAAGCCCGGGAACGAGCCCAAGGUCAAAGGACAAGAUGACCUGGGCAUGUGGAUGUGUCAAGCUCAUAAUGCGGUGAAUGUGAAGCUAGGAAAGCCGGAGUUCGAUUGCAGUCUCUGGAAACAGAGAUGGAAAGACGGAUGGAAGGAUGGACGCUGUGACUGA